UACCCGGUGGGUGGAGCUAAAGGGGUGUGAAAGAAAUGACCACAAAUGUCCAAUUUCUGCAGUUUGCAUGACGUUUGUUGUAGCUAUGAAAUUCUCGCGUGGCUAAUGUUCGGCGAAUAUAUUCCGAUUUGAUUUAUAGUCUAUCCGCGUUUGGCAAGGAAGCUCGCACGGCACGAUCCAUUGACGGCUCAGUGUUGGCAAUUUAUCAUCAUUCUCUUCUUUGAACUUUUCCACUUUCUCUAGCUAAAUUAGGUUGUUAAUAUAUGUAGCAAACAUAUUUCUUUUCGCUUAAUAAUGCAGGUAUGCAUUUAACUGGCUAUAUCGUUUUGUAGAAUGCAUGAAAAUGCAUCUUACUGAGUAAUCGACCAUGUUUUGGUUUGAUUGUCAGCUAGCUAACAUGAUACGUGUUAUUUAGCUAGCCUAGCAGAAGCAGGGAUUUGACUGCGUACCCUGUCCUGUCAGCUAGCUUGCUGUCUUUCCAGUGCGCUUGGCAUUCCAUAGUACACCUUGGGAAUAAAUAGCACCAACAUGUAUGCAAGUCGCAAGAGGAAAAAGCCUCAGAGAAGGUACAGUCACGUUAGUGUGAAGCCACCUCCAGAAGGAGCCAAAUCAAACCCUUCCAAGAGGCACCGGGAACGCCUGAAUGGGGAGUUGGACAGGCUGGCCAGUCUGCUUCCUUACCCCCAGGAUGUCAUCUCCAAGCUGGACAAACUGACCAUCCUCAGGCUUUGUGUCAGCUACCUGCGUGCCAAGAGCUUUUUCAAUGUGACCCUACAAUCCACAGCCUCCCAGCGCCCAGAGAGUAAUGUUCUGAAGAAGAAAGAACUUCACGUUCCAGAGGGAGAGCUCUUACUACAGGUGUUGAAUGGCUUUGUUCUGGUCGUCACGGCUGGUGGCACAAUCUUCUAUGCAUCCUCCACCAUCCAGGACUACCUGGGCUUUCACCAGUCAGACGUCGUCCAUCAGAGUGUUUAUGACGUCAUUCAUAUGGAGGACCGAGCAGAGUUACAGAGACAGCUCCACUGGGCCCUGAACACCCCUGACACCGGACAGCUGGUCUCAGAUUCAUCCUCGCCACAGGAUGUCACAGUCUACAAGCCAGAGGCACUCCCACCAGAGAAUUCCACCUUCCUGGAACGCAACUUUGUCUGCAGGUUAAGAUGUCUCCUGGACAACUCCACUGGCUUCCUAGCCCUGAACAUCCAGGGGCGUCUAAAGUUCCUCCAUGGCCAGAGCGAGAGGACAAAGGAGGGCAAGGCCAUCCCGCCUCAGCUGGCUCUGUUCGCCCUGGCCUCUCCCUUGCAGCCCCCCACCAUCCUGGAGAUCCGCACCAAGAACUUCAUCUUCAAGACCAAGCACAAGCUGGACUUCACCCCCAUUGCCUGCGACGCCAAAGGGAAGAUGGUGCUGGGUUACACUGAGGCUGAGCUGUGCAACCAUGGCUCGGGAUACCAGUUCAUCCAUGCUGCUGACAUGCUGCACUGUGCUGAGAACCACAUGAGGAUGAUAAAGACCGGAGAGAGUGGGAUGACAGUAUUCAGGCUGCUGACCAAGCUGACAGGCUGGGUGUGGGUGCAGGCUAACGCCAGACUGGUCUACAAGAACGGACAGCCUGAGUGUAUCAUCGCAUCCCAAAGAGUCCUCACUGAUGAAGAGGGAGAGGACAACCUAAGGAAGCGGAGCCUCCAGCUGCCUUUCAGUUACACCACUGGGGAGGCUCUUCUCUACAACACCAGCUUCCCAAGACUCUGGUAACAGGGGACUCCUUAGCAGGCGACACCACCGGCCCUGCAGGAAACAUCACCAACAACAACCAGGAUGGAACCCUGGAC